AUGGAGAUUCCGGCCAAAUUGCCGUUCUCCAAGCGGAGGCUUCGGCCACGCGUAGUGAUCUCCUACAUCUUCGACUAUGUGAUCUUGAUUGCCUGCGUCAUCGGCUUCUGGAUCCUCGACUCUCUUGAACCAUAUCAUCAGCACUUCUCCCUCCGCAAUAUCUCCCUUCAAUACCCGUACGCCGUCCACGAGCGCAUUCCCAUUCAGUAUGCCCUGUGCAUCUCUGGCCUUUUCCCCCUCGUCUUGAUAAUCGUCUAUACACUCUUUAUCGAUGGCUUGUUCUCGCACCAUAAACCCCUGGACCCGGCGUCCGGGAAGCGGAAGCUGCGCGGUCCCUGGCGCUGGAAGGAUCGCUUAUGGGAGAUGAACUGUGGGAUUUUAGGCCUCUUACUAUCACAGGCGCUGGCUUUCCUCAUCACACAGGUGCUGAAAAACGCAUGUGGGAAACCCCGCCCGGACUUGAUCGACCGGUGCCAGCCGCGCGCUGGAAGCGCGGACCUGCUGCCGUACGGUCUGUCCAAUUCGACCAUCUGCACGGGAGAAGCGGCGUUGAUCAAGGAUGGGUUCCGAUCUUGGCCAUCAGGUCAUAGCAGCUCCUCCUUUGCCGGACUCUUCUACACGUCCCUGUGGCUGGGCGGCAAAUUCCAUAUCAUGGACAACAGAGGCGAGACGUGGAAGACAUUGCUCGUCACAAUCCCGAUCCUUGCCGCAACCCUUGUUGCCGUGUCUCGCAUCAUGGACGCACGCCACCACCCAUUCGACGUGAUCACCGGCUCCCUUCUCGGCGUCGCCUGCGCAAUGCUCUCCUACCGCCAAUACUUCCCGCCGAUCACCGAGUCCUGGCGCAAGGGCCGGGCCUUCCCGAUCCGCACCUGGGGCACCGAGCCCGCCGCCCCAAUCGACGCCAAGUUCAGCGCGCUAGGGGACAGCUCGACUGCGCUACGGAAUCCAGAGGCGGAACGCUUAAAUGGAGCUAGAGCUAGUAUGCGCGGGCGAUCUACGUCCCCGCCCCAGCCUGGGCCUGGUGCAUCGGGCUACGCUAACCCUGGCAACCCGUACACGUCGCAGGUGUAUCCUCGUCGCGCGCAUGAUCAUGACCCGGAUGGAAAUUGGUCUUCGAGUGAGGAUGACGUGGGUAAUGGAUAUGAAAUGCAGCCUGGGUAUGCGGCGACGCAGAACCCGGGUGUUAGUCGUCAUUCCUUUGAUGCCAAUACUGCUUAUCAACCCGGUGCGUAUCAGCCGCAGGUCGUACAUACGGCACCGGUUGUUGUUAGUCCGCCAGGUGUCGUUGUCAGUCAUGAUCAUCUAGAGCGAUCAUUAGCCGAUGUGCCCGGUCGGGAGGUGUAA